GCAGGCCUGCAGGGUAUCAGCAGCCACUUUACCCUUUAAAGAAAGAGAGGCUGGAUCAACAAAGAGCCAGACUCCUGCUGUCUGUCGUUUAGUGAGACCUGAGCUCCUCCAGAGGACCCGGCCUCAUGCUGCUGCUCGUUCGGCGAGGAUCCAGCACCUCCAUACCUCUGCUGCCAGGCUGAAGAGGCGGGAGCAGCCGGAGCCUCCUCCCAGGGAACUGGACCUGCUCCGCUAUGACAUGAGGGACUUGAGGAAGAGCCCCAAACCGGCGCUGUACCUGGGCCUUGCCGGGCUCGUCCCUUUCGUCUCCCCUCCUCUGCUCAUGGGAGUGACUGAGAUCUACUUCCCAGAGCUGGCCUAUGCUCAGUUGGCCUACGGCGCCUCCAUCUUGUCCUUCCUGGAUGGAGCACGCUGGGGAUUUGCACUUCCUGAGAGCAGCCCAGCCAAACCUGAUUGGAUAAACCUGGCCAAUGGCGUGGUUCCCUCCCUAUUAGCGUGGGUGGCCGUGCUGUUUGGGGACAACAUCACCACGGCAGCCAUGUUGGUCAUCAUGGGACUGGGAAUCUGGCUGCACUAUGACCUCGCUCUCCUGCCCACCUACCCCAGCUGGUUCAAGGCCCUGCGCGCCCUCCUGACUGUCGUGGCUGUUUUCUCCAUAGCUGCCACACUCAGAAUGAAUGGAUCCUUCCCAGAGAAAAGGAUUUUCUCAGAUGAAAAGGAAUGAAGGAAAUAUAUUU